UCCAAGAUGGCGGCGCGUCCGCCGCGAGCCGCCGGGCCGUGGGGAAGCCAGCGAAGCCGAGUAGAGCCGCCGCCCGGGAAAGGAUUGAAGGAACAGUUGCCGCCGUUGGCAGCGGCCCGGGCAGUUUUCGCUGCUGCUACGGCUGUUGCCAUGCGGCGAGGCUAGGGAGGACCUCGCUUCCCCGGGGUGUAAUAAUGUUCACGGAGGCCAGUCUAUCCAUAUGGGGAUGGGGAAGCCUUGGCAUUGUCCUUUUUCUGAUAACCUUUGGACCCUUCGUAAUAUUUUAUUUGGCAUUUUAUAUCCUCUGCUUUGUGGGUGGGGGCUUAGUGGUUACUCUUCUGUUUGGGAAAACAAAUUCAGAAAAAUACCUAGAGCAGUGUGAACACUCAUUUCUUCCUCCUACAUCAACUGGGGUUCCUAAGUGCUUAGAAGAAAUGAAACGGGAAGCUAGGACUAUUAAGAUUGAUAGAAGAUUAACGGGUGCCAAUAUAAUUGAUGAACCUCUCCAGCAAGUUAUCCAGUUUUCCUUGAGGGAUUAUGUCCAGUAUUGGUAUUAUACACUAAGUGAUGAUGAAUCUUUUCUUCUUGAAAUUAGACAGACUCUUCAAAAUGCCCUUAUUCAGUUUGCUACUAGGUCAAAGGAAAUAGACUGGCAACCUUAUUUUACAACACGCAUUGUAGAUGAUUUUGGCACACACCUGCGAGUAUUCAGAAAGGCUCAACAGAAAGUAACAGAGAAAGAUGAUCAAGUAAAAGGUACAGCUGAAGACCUUGUAGAUACCUUCUUUGAAGUUGAAGUUGAAAUGGAGAAGGAAGUUUGCCGUGACCUAGUGUGCACUUCUCCCAAAGAUGAAGAAGCGUUCCUAAGAGAUUUGUGUGAGGUCUUAUUAUAUUUAUUGCUACCUCCUGGAGAUUUCCAGAACAAGAUCAUGCGCUAUUUUGUCAGGGAAAUCCUUGCACGAGGAAUUCUUCUUCCAUUAAUAAAUCAACUCAGUGAUCCUGAUUAUAUUAAUCAGUAUGUUAUAUGGAUGGUAAGUAGUUUCCUUUUAAAGUUCCAACUCUUUUUUGAAAGUAUGGUUAAUGUAAAAAUUCAGUUUGGUGAUCAGAAGGAAAUCAAUACUGUGAAACUGGCAGCAAACUUUGGGAAACUUUGCACAGUCCCCUUGGAUAGCAUUCUUGUAGACAAUGUUGCACUACAAUUUUUUAUGGAUUAUAUGCAGCAGACUGGAGGUCAGGCACAUCUUUUCUUCUGGAUGACAGUGGAAGGAUACCGAGUUACAGCCCAGCAGCAGCUAGAGGUUUUGUCAAGUCGUCAGAGAGAUGGAAAACAUCAAACCAAUCAAACCAAAGGUCUCUUAAGAGCAGCCGCAGUUGGAAUUUAUGAACAAUACUUAUCUGAAAAGGCAUCUCCAAGAGUUACUGUUGAUGACUAUUUAGUAGCAAAAUUAGCAGACACUUUGAAUCAUGAAGAUCCAACUCCUGAAAUCUUUGAUGACAUUCAAAGGAAGGUAUAUGAAUUGAUGCUUCGAGAUGAAAGAUUUUAUCCUUCCUUCAGACAGAAUGCACUCUAUGUUCGUAUGUUAGCUGAGCUGGACAUGUUAAAAGAUCCCAGCUUCCGAGGAUCAGAUGAUGGAGAUGGAGAAUCUUUUAAUGGCUCUCCUACCGGAAGCAUAAAUUUGUCUUUAGAUGACCUUUCAAAUGUAUCUUCUGAUGACUCAGUACAACUUCAUGCUUACAUUUCAGACACUGGCGUUUGUAAUGAUCAUGGCAAGACAUAUGCAUUGUAUGCUAUCACCGUACACCGGCGCACUUUGAACACUGAGGAGAUGUGGAAAACUUACCGGCGAUACAGCGACUUCCAUGAUUUCCACAUGAGAAUCACCGAACAGUUUGAAAAUCUGUCAAGUAUAUUGAAGCUUCCUGGUAAAAGGACUUUCAAUAAUAUGGAUAGAGAUUUUUUGGAAAAAAGGAAAAAGGAUCUAAAUGCAUAUUUACAGUUGCUAUUAACACCUGAAAUGAUGAAAGCAUCCCCAGCUCUGGCUCACUACGUAUACGAUUUUCUUGAGAACAAAGCCUACAGUAAAGGAAAAGGGGACUUUGCUCGAAAGAUGGACACUUUUGUAAAUCCUCUUCGAAAUUCUAUGAGGAAUGUUUCAAAUGCAGUUAAAUCCCUUCCUGACAGCUUGGCAGAAGGAAUGACUAAAAUGUCAGACAACAUGGGAAAAAUGUCGGAAAGAUUAGGUCAAGACAUAAAGCAAUCAUUCUUCAAGGUGCCUCCUUUAAUUACAAAGACUGAUUCAGAUCCUGAACAUUGUCGAGUCUCAGCUCAACUUGAUGAUAAUGUGGAUGACAAUAUUCCACUUAGGGUCAUGCUGCUUCUAAUGGAUGAAGUAUUUGACUUGAAAGAGAGAAAUCAGUGGUUGCGAAGAAACAUCAAAAACCUACUCCAGCAGCUUAUUAGAGCCACCUAUGGUGACACGAUUAAUAGAAAAAUAGUUGACCAUGUCGAUUGGAUGACUUCACCAGAACAAGUAGCCGAUUCAGUGAAACGUUUCAGAGAUGCAUUUUGGCCAAAUGGCAUUUUAGCAGAGACUGUUCCAUGCAGAGAUAAAGCUAUUCGAAUGAGAACAAGAAUUGCAGGAAAAACUAAAUUACUUGCCAUCAUGCCAGAUGAACUGAAGCACAUUAUUGGAGCUGAGACAACACGGAAAGGUAUUCUUCGUGUUUUUGAAAUGUUUCAGCACAACCAAUUAAAUAGGAGAAUGGUGUAUGUCUUCUUGGAAGGCUUUUUAGAAACCUUAUUUCCACAGUACAAAUUUCGUGAACUUUUCAACAAACUGCAUUCACGAUCAAAGCAGAUGCAAAAAUACAAACAGAAACUUCAAACUACUCAAGCGCCUUCUUUACAGAAAAGGUGACACUCCAAUCUAUGAAGUUGGUGUUCAUUGUGUCAAGGAUUUAUGGUAUGGACAGUCGAUCUUCUGGGGGCCCAACUCAUACUGUUGUGUUUGCACCAGUCUUUUAGUGUCUCCAAAUAGAUUAUUAAUACAUCCAUAAGCCUCUUGUUCAUCUCCUUUUCAUCUAUAAUUCAGCCACCACCAAGAGAAGUUUCUGUCUUAAAUGAUUUGGUGCAUAAUUUGCAACAUUGAGAGGAUAUUGCCCCCAUCUCAUGCAAGAAUGGAGUUGGUCUCUUCUGUUUCAAAUUAAUCAGCAUUCUCAAGCAGUGACAAAGUGCCAGAAUGUAUAUAUGAGAGCCAAGGAAAGCACAAAAUCAUGGUCCAGAUUGACUAAUUUGUUUAAUAGUUGGAGACUGUGCAGUGUACAUUUUGGAAAGAUGUUUUUCCUAAUGAGUUUUUAGGUAUACAUCAGCAUUUUGAUAUUGUGUGGAUUAGCCAGGUGAAUGGGACAACGGUUUCAGGUCUGGAAAAAAUGAAAGAAUGCCCCUAAAGUAAGAAAUAUUACAGUUUUGUGACAUAACACUAUAAUAUAAAACCAACCAAAAUCAGAAUUUGGUUAGAUUUAUUAUUCAUUGACAUAAAGCAAAUUUUUGAUUGAUUCUUAUGUGCUGUAAGGGCUCCGUUUUGUUCUUAUGGUUAUUGUUUUAUUUUAGCAUUCUGUUUGCAAAAGGAAGCAUGUGGUAACCCUCAUUUAUGGUUCAAAAUUACUAGUUUUGUCUUUUAACAGAUAACUGAUUAUACAGAAGCAGAAUUUAUUGGAAGAACUGCCAAGUGCAUUCUGCCCUAAAAGAAAAUAGAAAUUGAAGGAACACAUAUCUCAACUGAAAGUUACCAUAUGAUAUUUUUAAGUUAUAUGAUCUAGACAUGCCUUAGGUAACUACAAAAAUAGCAAAUCAGAGGAUUAAUGAGCUUGUUAGUCAUAUGUAAACAUACAGAUUCCUAAUUCUAUUAUGUGUACAUAUAUAAAAUCAAUAAUGAAAACAGAACUGUACUAUUUUUAAAAUAUGCUUUUAUUUAUAUUUCACAUAAUGUAAAUUCUAAAUAAAGCUAGUAUGUAAAACCCCUUGGUGUAUACAUUUAAGUCCCUGAGAUAAUUUUCUACCAACAAUGAACAAGAUACCUUUUCCAGUUUUAAAGCCUCUCCAUUUCCUAGUUUUCCCUUUAUUUUUUUCAUCUUGAAAGUCUUCAUAUCUCUUGUAUGCAGGGCUUCUGCAGAGUUUAAAAUAUUUCCAUUUACUAAGAGUUUGGAUGUAUCGGCUUUUUUGUUCUAAACUAUUUAACACUAAAACCUUAAAAUAGUGAAGCUAUUUAUCAGACCACUGAGCCAGUAUCCUGGUGUUAAAAGAGCGUUGGGUGCUUAAGAUAAAGGGACAGAGAAUUGGUAUCCCAGUUAUUUGGGAGCUUUUAAGAGUAGAACAAGAUAAUAGUGUCUUGUUUUCACGUAGAUGUUAUUUACAAAGUGAAGCUUGUUAACAGAUAAAGCCUUCCUUUAAACUUAUAAUAAUUAUAUUUAUUAAUAAUGCUGUGUGCAUACUUACAGUAUGCAGAUAUUCAGCAUGUGUUGCAUGUUGAGAAUUACAUAAGUAAAAUUCCUUUCAUUGCAACUUGCAAGUGAGUAAAGGUUCUAGAGGCUCUGGUGGAAGAAAUGUGUCUUCUGCCCCAGUGUUAUCCCCUGCCUCAGCUCCUCUCUGUGCUUUAAAAGUGGGAUAUGUGUAACAUGUCUAUAUGAAGCAUAAACAUGGCCGUAAGUGCAAUGGUUGUCAGAUAUACCCCUGCCCAUUUCAAAUAUAUUUUUGACAUGAAUAAAUCUAAGAAUAUGUAUAAAAAAGAAUUCAUGCAAGAGCCUAGAGUGUACAUGUGAAAAAGCAUUUCUGUAUAAUGUGAAAAAAAAAACAAAAACAAAAAAAAUGGCUGUCAACCAGGGAAAGAAAAGUCAUGAAAGGCUGCAAAUUUUCCUCGAGCCCUGCAAGAUAACUGCACUCAUACCAAAAACUGUUUGAGUAAAUGGGUUUUUAAAGUAAUUUUUGUUUAAAAGAGUUUAUAUUUCAAAAGCAGAAGUGUCAAAAUGGUAGUCUAUAUUAUCAGUGGUGCACCUUCUCUAUGCACAUCUGUGUUUUACAUCAGAGAGAGCCGUGGUCGUGCUCAAAUAGUUACUUUUUGAAUGACUUGGUUAAACUCUGUAAAAUAUUUAACCCAUUAGUCAAGUACAGUGUACUAUGGUUAAUAUGCAUUUGUUGCAUAUGUAGAUACAUUCAUGAAGAGGCUUUAUGUCUUCUGAUAGUUGAUUUUUGAAUGUGAUUUCAGUCAGUGGUGCCUUUAGGCAAAAACCAUCAAAAUUAAUCAUUUUUUUCUUUGGGUUUUUUUUUUUUCAGGUAACGUACAUACUACUAGAAACCAUAGUUUGUUCACCUAAGAAUUGAUUGUAUAAUUUAAAUAUAGCACUUAGAUGAACAUUUCCUAUCAUUAGGGUGUUCCAAAUAGUUGCUGAAAACAAUUGUGCCAUUGACCAAUGGAUGCACUCGGUUAGCCUUAAUUUUUUUAAAGAAACAAAAAUAAAAACAUUUAAGACUUUGUUAAAUAUUUCAGUUUGCUCAUUAUAAGUAAGUUUGUGCUGCUGGUGUUGGGGCAAAAAUAAAACAGAAAAACAGUUAAGUGCUACCAGGAGUGUACCAAUUUUUCUAAAAUAAGAACAAAUAAAAAUUUCACAUUCUAAAAUUUUAAUUUUGUGCAAUAUUUUCUUUUAAUGCAUGUGUAUUUCAGUAAUUGUAAAAUAAAUGAAUUUUUAAUGUUUUAGAGAUGUGGUUUAAAACUGUCUUCUUAACCCAACAACUUACAUUCCGUUGUUUCUGUGUCCUCUUAUUUAAGGACUUGUUUUAAAAGUCUUCUGCCCACUCCUUGUAAAGUUCUUUUAUUAGUAGUAAGUUUUGCUUAUGGGAGUAUGGCUCCUGUAUUACAAGGGAAAAUUGAUAAUGAGCACAUUUUAGGAUUAUAAUUGUUAAAAAGAUACCUUGUGCAUAUCAUUGUACAGUAAGUGUCAACUGUGUGCCUAACUGUUCUAUCAAUGCUUUCCUUCUUUAACAAAGAAGAUACAAUCACAAUGUCAUUUAUUUUUAUUAACUACAAAGAAGGUUAAAAUUUUUUAUUUCGUUUGCGUUAUGUUCUGUCCAAUAGAAAAUACUAAUAAAGUAUUAACAAACA